UUUUCAAACAAUGAAAACAAGCAUGAGAGGACAGCCAAAGGGUAUCCCAUGGCUGGUCUUGGCCAUGCUUAUUGCGACUUCCGCAAUGCUCAGGGCGGGAGCUACCAGCUUGUCACCACCUUCUGUUUCCCUAACACCAAUGUAUGCUCCUCCUAUUAUUAAGGUGAUAGGGAAGGUGUAUUGCUAUAGAUGCUUCAAUGAGGCACAUCCAGAAGAAUCACAUGGGAAGGUGCACCUGAAAGGAGCUAUGGUCAAGGUUACAUGUCAGGCUAACGACCAGGCACUGGUGGGAUUUGGUUACACCGAAAGCAAUGGCAAGUACAGCGUAAGCAUCAAGGGUUUGCCACUCAGCACCACCUACGGGGCUGACUCAUGUAAGGUUGAGCUGCAUUCAGCACCAGGAGGAUCUGAUUGCAAUGUGCCAAUUGAGCUAAACUUGUCUGGGCUUAGUGUUUAUUCGAAGUCCAAUGAGGAAGUGGUUCUCCAAGCCAACCAACCAAUGGCAUUUGCAUCACAGAAGACAUUUGCGUUUUGUUCGAAACCCCACAUUCAACCACCAAUGCUUCCCUAUAAUUUGCCGCCGACCCCUUACCAGUAUCCUUCACCUCCAUUCAACUACAAGUUCCCUCCAUUGCCAAAUCAGUUCUCACCACCUCCUUUUAACAAGUUUCCACCUCCAUCUUACCAGUAUCCAUCACCUCCACAGAGCGUCUACCACUCACCACCACCUUAUCAGUACACACCUCCAAACAGCUAUCAAGCUCCACCAACAUCCUACAAUUACCCACCACCCUCAUAUGGAUACAAGUCUCCAAUCCCACCAACCAACAAGUAUUUACCACCUCCAUACUACUUCAACUCCCCACCGCCACAACACCAGUAUUCACCACCUGCAAACAGCUAUGUGUCACCACCACUGCCACACCAAUACCCGCCACCUCCAUACAAGUCACCACUUGUACCACCCCCUUACUACUACAACCCUCCGCCAGCAAACCAUUAUUCACCACCUCCAUACAACUAUGGAUCUUCACCACCAACCAACCAAUACUCUCCACCAUUACUUCCAAACACGCCCAAAUUUUUACCUCCUAAAGUUCCUCAUCAGAUCUCUCCACCGGUACCUGCAACAUCUGGGCAGCCUAUGUUCCACUAUAGCCCUCCACCACCUCAGCAUGCCGGCAUGUCAUCGACAGCACCAUCUAUGAACUCUUAUCAAUCCCCACCACCAGUAAAUCAGCUAUCAUAAGCAUCAACAGCGAGGCUCCUGAAGUGAUCAGGUGUCUGCAGAAUAGACGGGAGAGUCGAAGUCUACCUCGAGAAGAAGCGGUGCGCUAGCUGGAGUUUUCAGCUUAAAUCUCGGUAUCUAGGAUUGUCUAUCACAGUAUCUAGAAUUCUUAUAUCUCAUUGCCUAGAGCUAUUUCAGCAGUGUAAUGUCCAGUGAGCUUUGUCAGUUUAUCUGGCUCUCAACUGAAUCAAAUGUAUGGUAUUGGUUCAUCCCAUAUAAAGCAUUUUCAUAUGAGCACUCGUUUCCUAACAAAAUUAAACAUAUGAGAGG